UCUCUUCAUCAGCCUGCUUGCUCGUAAUUCGGCGCAGAACUUCACAAUCUCUCAACCUAGCCGAGCCCGGCAUUCCUCCUUGAACAAAAUUUGAAAGCAAACAACUAGGUUCAUCAUUUGGAAGUAAAACGAAACGACUAACCGGCAAAGCCACGAGAUCAAAGGUUUCAUCAGAACAAUCAGAAAUGGAGAUGUCAGCAACUAGCUUACUCCCAGCUGCAGCCUCAAUCUCUAGCUGCGGUUCCACUGAGGCAACAGUGACCUUUGCACCAGCUCGCCGCAGAACAUCGAUUAAUAUCACAGCUUCCAUUUCUUCAGUGCCAAAUCCAAUGGGAACAAGGACCUGCAAGGGAGGCGCGGCGGAGAUGGGAGCGGUGGAGUCGGAAUUACUGGUGGUUGGAGUCGUGGGUAUUUGAGGGGAAGCCGUCUGGGAGAUGGGUUUCGAAGAGCGGUUUCUCGGAGCGGCUGAUUUUCGCCGUGAGGGAGAUUCCAUCACGGAGGCGCAAGUCAGAGACGAAGGAGGAGUGACAGCCAUUGAAUAAUAGAACUUGAGAGAAGGAAGCUUUGCAGGACAUAGCGUACAGAAGAACGACUCCAUUGAUGCCUCUCGAAUUGAUUUGCUUCCCUGUGCCGCUUAACAGGAAAGGCGCGCGACCAUUUUUGGACUCUUCACUUAACUCUAGGCUCGUCCCCCUUAUCCGAAACUUAAAAAAAAUGAAAAUGGAUUUACUUUCUGCUAAUUAGUACAUCAUUGCUGUAGAGAGAGAAUCGAAAAAAUAUAAGAAAAACACACAUGAUUAUUAGGCAAUAGAGCAGGCCAACGCAGCAAUGGAUUAGAUGAGGAUGACACCUACUGCAUCCGAUCACUGAAGAUUGAAGAAAGAGAGAAGAAGCGGAGAAAAGGCACAUACAUAUAUAAUAAAUACCGUCGGGAAGGGAAGAAGAAGAACGAAGUACAGAGUGGAUAGAAACUGCAAGAUCCCUACUUUUGGAGGAAAAACGAGGGAGACGUUGAGAAGGGGAGAUAUGUUGAGGAUUGUGGCGAGAAGAAUUGCUUCGGCUUCUUUAGCAUCCAAGUCGACCUCGUUUCAUCUUCUGCGCUGCACAAGAGGUUUCAGCUUUGGGGUUCUUCCCGAUGGGGUGGACAGGACUUCCGAGUCGUUUUCCCGCAACUCUAUGGCUAUGGAGUCUCUCAUUUCCCAGCUCCAGUCCAACAUAAACCAAGUUUUGGCUGGAGGAGGAGAAUCGGCGGUCAAGAGGAACAGAAGCAGGAAUAAGCUGCUACCAAGAGAAAGAAUUGACCGGCUGCUUGAUCCAGGUUCUUCAUUUCUUGAGCUUUCUCAGCUUGCAGGCCAUGAAUUAUAUGAUGAAUCCCUGCCUUCUGGCGGAGUAGUUACUGGAAUAGGUCCUGUUCAUGGCCGACUUUGCAUGUUUGUAGCAAAUGAUCCUACUGUCAAGGGGGGAACUUACUAUCCCAUCACAGUAAAGAAACAUCUUAGGGCGCAAGAGAUUGCUGCUCGAUGCAGACUGCCUUGCAUCUAUCUCGUCGACAGUGGUGGUGCUUUUCUUCCGAAGCAGGCUGAGGUGUUCCCCGACAAGGAUAAUUUCGGAAGAAUUUUCUUCAACCAAGCUGUAAUGUCUGCUGAAGGCAUCCCACAGAUUGCACUGGUAUUAGGUUCUUGUACAGCUGGUGGUGCCUACAUUCCUGCUAUGGCUGAUGAAAGUGUGAUGGUCAAGGGUAAUGCAACCAUAUUUUUGGCUGGACCACCACUUGUCAAGGCUGCUACAGGAGAGGAAGUAUCUGCUGAAGCUUUAGGAGGUGCUUCCUUGCAUUGCAAAACAUCAGGAGUUUCAGACUACUUUGCUCAAGAUGAAUUGCAUGCACUAGCGCUUGGAAGGAACAUUAUCAAGAACUUGCACAUGGCUGGAAAAUGCCGAGUGGCCAAUGAAGGACAUAACUUAAGUCUCGAGUACAAAGAGCCAUUAUACGACAUAAAGGAGCUGAGAACUAUUGCCCCGGCAGACCACAAGCAGGCGUUUGAUAUUCGAUCAGUUAUUGCCCGAAUUGUUGAUGGAAGUGAGUUUGAUGAGUUCAAGAAAUUAUAUGGAACGGUGAGCAUCUCUGAGAACCCUUCGAUACCUUUCUUUGGCUUAGGCUUUGACCUUUUGAGUAACGGAAUCUCAGUUGCAUCUCUGCAGACCCUCGUGACAGGCUUUGCUAAAAUUUUCGGUCAACCUGUGGGAAUAAUUGGAAAUAAUGGAAUAUUGUUUAAUGAAUCUGCUCUGAAGGGGGCACAUUUCAUUGAACUCUGUAGUCAGCGUAACAUUCCUCUAGUUUUCCUGCAGAACAUCACUGGAUUCAUGGUUGGCUCUAGAUCUGAGGCAAAUGGUAUAGCAAAAUCGGGUGCGAAGAUGGUAAUGGCUGUUUCUUGUGCAAAGGUGCCUAAGGUAACCAUCAUGGUUGGUGGAAGCUUCGGCGCUGGAAACUAUGCAAUGUGUGGUCGUGCAUAUAGCCCUGACUUCUUGUUCCUCUGGCCAAAUGCUAAAAUAUCAGUCAUGGGCGGAGCGCAGGCUGCCGGUGUGCUAUCUCAGAUUGAAAAGGCAAACAAGAAGAAGCAGGGGAUCCAGUGGACCACAGAAGAGGAGGAAAGCUUCAAGGGGAAAGUGGUUGAAGCAUACGAGAGGGAAGGUAGUUCAUACUACUCAACUGCGAGGCUUUGGGACGACGGCAUCAUCGAUCCAGCAGACACGAGAAAAGUUAUAGGGCUCUGUAUAUCUGCUUCCAUGAACCGCCCCUCUGAAGACACCAAGUUUGGUGUGUUCAGGAUAUUCGCUACUUCGUCUUCUCCAUUUUCACACCGAGAAAACUCUUCCGGCGCUCUGAAAAUGGCGGCUUCUACUUCAGCGUGCUUCCGCCCUCUUCCUCUCUCUGGUUCUGCCCCACUCCGUCAACCGGCGGAGCUCAGUUCCAACUCGGCAAUCUCCUUCGGUUUCAACUUCUCCCCCGAAGUCAGAGGAUUAGGUCUCCGUUUAACCAGCUCCCCCUCGUCUUCUCCCCUCCAGGUCGUUUGCAUGCGCGGAUCCAAAGGUGGCAAGAAAGAGAAAACGGCAAAACCCGACCCAGUUUACCGUAAUCGAUUAGUUAGCAUGUUCGUUAACCGAGUCCUGAAAAGUGGGAAAAAGUCACUGGCCUAUUUCAUUAUGUACCGAGCCUUGGGGAGGGUUCAGGAAAAGACGGGACAAAAUCCAUUGGCAGUGUUGAGGGAAGCAGUGCAAGUAGUUACUCCUGAUGUAGCUGUGAAAUCUAGGCGUGUUGGGGGUGCAACUCAACAGGUUCCUGUUGAAGUAGACACGACUCAGGGCAAAGCACUUGCGAUCCGUUGGCUGCUGGUGGCAGCUAGAAAGAGGCAAGGUCGGGAUAUGGUGUUCAAACUAAGUAAUGAGUUAAUCGAUGCUGCCAAAGGAAGUGGUGAUGCUGUAAGGAAGAGAGAGGAGACCCAUAGAAUGGCGGAGGCCAAUAGAGCUUUUGCACAUUAUCUUGAGCAACCCACUGAAGCGAUGGAUGGUGACUACAUGCAAUUCAAUGCAGCAGCAGUUGUUACCAAGGACUCUUGGGAGAAGUCAAUUCUGAAAAGUGAUACCCCUGUCCUAGUUGAGUUCCAUGCAAGUUGGUGUGGCCCCUGUAAGAUGGUCCACCGAGUAAUUGAUGAGCUUGCUGGGGAGUAUGAAGGAAGAAUUCAGUGCUUUGUGCUCAAUGCAGAUAAUGAUUCCCAAAUUGCUGAGGAAUACGAGAUUAAGGCUGUGCCUGUAGUUCUGCUUUUCAAGAAUGGAGAAAAGCAAGAGACCGUGGUUGGUACUAUGCCCAAGGAAUUCUAUGCAGCCGCAAUUGAGAGGGUUCUGAAGCCAUGAAUGCCUCUCUUUUCUCGUCACUGUCGAGCAUAAUAGAAACUCGGAUCAAUGCUUUUCUCUUGUUGUUUGUUUGUUUGUUUGUUGUCUCUGUUUCUUGCUAUCAGGUGUGGUGGAAUUUUUGUUCUGCUUUGAGUUAUCUACUAGAACAUAUAGAGCUGAUGAAACAUGUUAUGCUCAUUGCCGGCUUCAAAAAACAGGUGCAAAUGAGUUUUUGUGCACCUUGAUGUGGUCGGAAGCUUAUGACAUGUAAAUACAUUGUGCAUUCUCUUUUCAUCUUUGUCUAUAGAAGGUUAAUAAAAUAACUAUUGAUUGCGAUUUGAGUUCCUUAAAAGCUGAUUAUCUGGUCUCUCUGUUUACUUGUGAGAGAAGUUUCUUUCGGGGUUGAAGAGUCUG